AGGCGAGCAAAGCUCAGAGGGCAGAGUAAAGUUAGUGGGUGUUUCCAGUGCGGUAGAAGUGGGUAACAAAAUGGAUGAUAUAUAAAAGAGAGUCAGAAGAAUCUGAAAAGGAAAGAGAAUAUAUAUAUAUAUACAUAUAUAUUCCUCUGCCUUCGGAACUGUGGUAGAUGAACUCAAAUGUUGAGACACCAAUAAGAAGAGAGAACAAGAGAGAGUGACAGACUGAGAGACAGAAAGCAAAGAAUAAAAAGAAAAGAUCACUGACACAAUACAAGGAGUUGGCAUGUCUUAAUAAUCAUAAAAUUCUGAGGUAACGUAAAUAUACAGAAGGAUCAAUAGAUUAUUAUUUUCAGUGUCUGUGAGUAGUGUCUAGGGAUGUACGUUCUCACAGACUUCAUGUGAAUGUACACAACAACUAUUUCCAACAAGACAGUACCAAAACAGACUAUAGCCAGGACGAAGAUGGAAAAAAGAAAAUGCAAGAAAUGCCCAAAAGGGAAAUACGUUUAUACAAUAUGUAAUGCUACAUCGGACACAGUGUGUGAAACCUGCCAACAUCACAGCUAUAUUGAGCAGGAAAACCUCAUGAUCAAGUGUCUGCCCUGCAGGGAGUGCUCCAGUAACCAUAAUCUGAUGACAGACAAAGAAUGUGAUGCCGACAGAAACAGGCAGUGCAAGUGUAAGCCGGGAUUCUACUGCAAACACCCCACUGACCUAUCCUGUGAUUUCUGUGAACCAGUCUCCUGGUGCCCUCCAGGGAAAGGAGUCACCAGGCAACACACAGACAGGAGAGACACAGAGUGCAGUGGCUGCCCAAAGGGAACCUACAGUGAUGUGGACGACUACUUUUCCAGCUGCAAAAAUCAUACUAGUUGUGAAGCUCUGGGUCGAGAUCUGAAUGCUCCUGGGACUGACACAACAGAUGCUAUGUGUGGAGAUUUUAAAGCAUGUAAAUCUUGUCCUUGGAUGUUACCUGCUAGUCUAUGGGCAGGGCUAGUCGUUACUUCCCUGAUUAUAUUUUUGGCCCUGUUUAUCAUUUACUGGAGAACCAAACGUCAGUCACAUACAUCAGACCAUUGUAACAGGGUUCAAUGGAAAGGAGGAGGUGGGAACCUGACAAAGCAUAAAAUGAUUAUUUCAAAGUAUUCAAGAUCACCCGUACUUACUCCAGACAUCCUGAAAUACCCUGUAGACUGUAGCAUGGAGAAAAGUGCAGAAUGUCAGCAACACACACAUACAGUUCACAAUUACACAAAGUUGGACUGUAAAACACAAUGGGAUUGUGAAGCCCUGCUGUUGAGGACAGUGUCAGAGAAAAACAGCCAAUCCACUGCUGCAAAUGGAUGUACAGACAGCAUCGUGUGUCCCUCCAUAUAUCAAUCAGAGCCACAGGAGAGUGAAUGGAAUGAUUAACUAUGAGUAUAGAAUGAUUUAUUUUAUCAAUGUGUAUAAGCUUUACACCAUAUGUCUGGUAAAACAUAUUUGUAAAGAAACAGACUUUGUUUUUCAUUUAUUAAAAUAUGCAACACA